UACUUCAUUAACGUUGAAUAUAUGAAUGGAUCCGGCAAUCCGGCGCUUUGUAGUGAAUUCAGAUUCAACUACUCCAAUGAGCGGCCCACGGAUAAACUUUUUAUUGAAUUCCGUUUAAAAGAAAAUUUACCGAGAUUCUCAUUUGGUGGACAAGUUGAUAUACUACGUGCUGAUAAUAGGAUAAUUCGUUUUAUGGAUGCCACAACUGAUGGUUGCAAAUUACUUAAUACGAAAAACAAAUUAUUUCAACUUUUUUCAAAAGAAAUAAUACGGGUAUCGAAUUUUCCAAGGAGUUGUCCAUUGUCGGCGAACAAGUUAUACUUUGUUAGAAAUUACUCGAUUGACCCGGAAGAGUUUCCAGUUUUUUUGCCAACCUUACAUUGGAUUGUGCAAGUCCAAAUUCUAAAGGAAAAAGUGGUAGUUGCAUCCGUUUAUCUUCAAGGUACUGUUAAAAGGGUGUGAACUAAAAUGUUAUGGAAAUUAUUUACAUAUUUCAAAACCUAUCAGAAUUUUAAUAUUUCUUUCU